ACAUGUCGAAAACAAUCGAAACCCAUCUGCAGAGCAACGAGGUGCGAAUACCGAAAAAAUCGAACGAAUUCGAUGUAACCACCUCAGCAGGCGGCGGCAGCGGUGGUGGUGGUGGCCCACCGUGUCAGUACUUCAAGAGUUCGUUCGCCCGCUCGCUAUCAUUCAGCCAAGGGCCGGGAGGUGCACCGGGCGGUGGUGGUGGAGUGCGUGGACCUUACGGGGGUGCAGAACAGCACUUUACACGGUCGUUGGAUUUUGAUGUAAAUUACGAUCCGAUCGGUGGUGGUGAUCGAAACGAUGGUGAUGGUGGUGGUCCACACCAAACGAUGAUGAUGAUGAUGAUGGGCACGCCAUCCUCCGCCUCGCCCGUGUAUGAGGAGGAGGGCGAAGGGAUGGUGUCACGCGGCGAAAGUGAUCCCGAUCCGGACGCGGCGUCAGUGGGCGGUAUGAAUGGAAUCGAAACCAGCAACGGGGGAAUUGUUAAAACGCUCUGGAACUACGCGAAGGGACAGGACAUCAAAUCGGCCAAUAGCAGCCCCGCCAAACGAGCCAUCACGCUCAAGUCGAACGGUACGCUCGGUGCGCGAAAAUCCAUCGAAGCCAACGAAAUAGAAGUUUUACGUCUUCGCAAGGAAUGUCAGAACCUGAUUGAGGAAAACCGGCGGCUUGUUAGCAUAGCGAGCGGUGGAGGAAACGGUUAUGUGAUCAACGGCAUACUCAAUGGUGGCGGAUCCGGCAGCCUGUCAACACUGGGCAUGGGAGUUCCGAACGGUGGCAGCUACAGUAGUGUUGAAUCUGUGAUCCUGCAAACUCAGGUCGAAACGCUACAAUGGCAAUUAAAGCAGGUCGACUCCAGCCGACACAUGUACCGGGCCGUGAUGGAAGAAGUGGUGCGGUUUCUGGAUCGUUGCUAUCGUUCGCUGGAUGCACUGCAGAGCGGCCAAAUCGGACGAUCGAAGAGUGUGCUACAGGUGUCGAAAGCAAGCGGUGGGGUGCAACACCAUCAUCAGCAGCACCAUCAACAACACCAGCACGACUCCGACAGUAGCAGUGCGAGUAGUCCGCGGGCACGCAGCAGCACCAAUUUGGUCGAUGUGCAGCAGAAGUCCUACACCAAAGCGGGAAUAACGACAGGCCAUAAUGGGCACCUAGAUCAUCAGCAUCAGCACCAACCGUCAUCGCUGACAUUGAUCAACAGUGCAUCGUCGGCGAGUCAGCAUGUCGCACCGUCAACUCUUCACGAGGACGAUUGUGUCGUUCCGCCAUCACCUGCCAGCUCCUAUAGCACCUUUAGAGACUUUACCUGGCGACGCUCACCGAAACGAACCCAGACUCUGCCAAUUUCCAGCAACGAAGUUGACCCGGAGAAGCUGGCCCAGGAGGCGUUCCGUUUGCUGCGGACGGUGCAAAACUUGCUCAAUACACAGGAGCCGACGCUGGCCCAAUCGACGAACGCACUGGACAGCCUGAUCUCGGCAUCAACGGCGGCAUCCAGCUGCGGCAGUAGCACCACGCUCACCGGUGUCGGUCUAUCCGCUUCCGGCGCGAUGCUCGGCAGCACCCCAACACUUACCGGAACGGGCGGCGGGAUAGGUGAUGGAGGCGGCGGCGGCGGCGGUAGAGGGGUAGGAGUUUCGAAUGGACUCGGAGGUGCAGGUGGAGGUGUUGGAGGAUUGGGAGGUGGAGGAAACCAUCCGCUAGUGAACACCCGCAGUACGGUAGGCUUCAACCGGAAGCUAAACAUGCGUGGAAGUCGCCUAUCGGUACGGAGCAGUACAGCCGACUCGGUACACUCGACGUCAUCCUCUACGAAGACGGAAACCGAUGAGGACAAUACGGAUCGUCCUUCACCGCCGCUUCUGUUGUCACACCAUCACCAUCUGCUGCAUCAUCAAACGAACGGUGGUGUUAACGGUGUGAACGGAGGAGGUGGAAGCGGUGCUGGUGGUGGUGGAGGAGGUAGCAGUAGCAGCAGUUGCAGCAGUAGUACCUCUGGAAAUGGUAGCAUCAAUGGCAAUGGGCAUCACCACCACCAUCAUCACCACAAUCCGGCCCAUCGGUAUAGUGCCAACAUUGAGCGGAUUAAGGAGAUGAUGAUAUCCAGCUCGGCCGAGGAUGAGAGUGGCUUUAGCUCGAUGAACUCGUUCCAGGAGAUAGGAUUGCCAUUGGUCAACUCGACGAUGUUGUCUUCCGUGGGAAGUAACCAUGGUGUUAGCAAUGGAUCGCUUGGAGAUGGAUCGACAUCCUCAAACGAGGGUGGCAAUAGCAGCAGCAACGGUGGAAGUAGCGGAGGCAUUAACAGUGGUUACGGUGUGUCGGAAGAUUCGUCCGAGUUGCGUGAGAAUACUGUCAUCCCAACGGCCCAGGCUACGAGUGGUGCAGCAACGAACACUAACAGCAGUGCCAACAAACUAGGCAUUCCGUCUUCUCCUUCCAUCAAGCCGACCAAUCCAUCAAAUGGCAGUAAUUCUUCUACUGCGUCCACUGCUGCUGGUACGUGCGCUUCUAAUGGAGGUUCUCCACUGCGUGUUACGCAAACGGCCAGCUACGAGCAUCAUACGCAUUUUAUCAACCAUCGUCGUUGGGAUUCUGCUCCGGUUGUACCGCCAAAGUUGAAGAUUCACGCCAGCGAAACCGAUACCGUGUCCCGGGUGCUCUGGGUGUAGCAGAGAUAGAAGCGACCGGAAGGUGUAGUCACCGAACGCCGUCGCCCCGUAGGUUUCCUCGCAUUUCUUUCCCACUGCAUUUGUGCACUGUGAAUUCGGAUCUCUACC